AUGGUGACUGACAUCGCAAACUCGCGAAUAUUCCGAAGACGAAGCUCCACGUUCACCGACCCAACUAAUGUUCUGGCUAUUCACGAACUGAGAUCGAGAAUACUACAGGUGUGUGAGAGCUUGAAAACUAAAAUGAAACUAGUAUGUGAAUCUCAGGAUCCCGCAGCAACAGUCAAACAUUCCCCCGAAGACAUUCAUAGAAUAAGACACGAAGACUGGUGGCUCGAUAGGUUUUUGAAUUCAGUCAAUUACGAUGUAGACAUUGCAUAUGCAAUCAUUUUGGAGUGUUUGAAAUGGAGGAGAAACUUCGAAGUGGAUAGUGAGUGAAGUGAAAUCAAAAGUAAAGAAUAUUUGAUUUGAGGAAUAAGCCUUUUGUCUCUGAAGCCACUGCUGGACAACCAAUUGAUGUACCUUCACGAAAAAGACUUACAAAACCGACAUAUAUGUGAGAAGCGAGACGAAAUGAAAUGAGGAUAAUGUGUUUCUGGUAUUCCAGUGUGGAUCAUGAUGAGCAAAUACAAAAACGGCGACGAUGGUUUUGAAAAGCUGUUCACAUUUUGGAUGGAACGACACUACAUGGAAUACAGCGGCUGUCAGCUACUGACGGUUUUCAUUGAUAUGAGUGGAACAGGCCUGAAGAACAUGGUGACCCGUCAGGAAGUGACGUUAAUAUUCUUGGAUGUUGCAGAGUUUCGACGCCAUGAAGUUUAUUAUUCACUCUUCUAAAUACUAUUAUCCGAAUGCCAUUGAUGCAAUUCUUAUUUUCGAAAAUCCAUCUAUUCUUAACGCUUCGUGGAAAGUAGGAUUUCAAUCACAAUUGUUUCUCUUGACACAACACGCCCUAUUCCAGGUAAUCGGAUCUUGGCUCGAGUCGUCCGCAGCAACUCAGCGCCACGAUUUGCUCACAUUUGUCACCAAGCUCAGUGUCACUCACUACGUACCAAAAAGUCAUCUGUUGGAGCAUCAAGGAGGCACCGUAAGACUUUUUCUUCUUCCGUCUCUCUUCCACUCGCUCUAUCCCAUUCAUCAAUAGCGCGUUUCCAUGAAACCCUCUCGAUUUCUGUCAUCUCCCGGCUGGCGUGUAGGGGCCACUUGUGUUUAACACUAGUUGCUGAACCCCACUGGCGAUACGAGAAUGAACUGAACUCUCUCCUCGUUGUAACAGCCGGCCGGCUCUCGGCCGCCUUUGUGACCAACGCGCUUCUCUUUCUUACUUUCAUUAUUUUUGUUGAAGGAUACUUUCAAAUUCACGAUGGACGAGCUGGCCAAAUGUCUUCCACCGCCUCCGCCUCCGAAACCAUCCCCGAAACUGUUGCAACAACGGAUGCAUUCUAUCGACGACACAGCCAACAACAACGUCACCGAAUUUGACUUUUCCUCCUUCCAGAAACGAGUAUGUCUCUUCUAUCAAAGUUUGAAUUAUUCUAACUUCCCAUAGGUUAUCAUCUUUUUAGUCACGGAGCUAUAUUUUUUAAAGAAACGUAUCAAUUUCGCGGCGAGAAAUAUUAGCACAGUGAGUCAACUGCUCGCAUUACAGAAUGUCAAAUUCGACGAGGAGUCGACCACUAAACGGGCACCUUCUCUGUCUCGUCGAUCGAGUCGCGGACCGAAAAACAGAAAGUCACACAUUCCGCCUUCGCUGCGGCCACUCAUCGAGAACCGAGUCAACGCACCGAACGACGAUUGGUCGUCCAACGACUUUGUGUCAAUAACGUGAGAAACAGUCGAGCUCCGAAGUUUCAAGACAAAGUUUUUACAGGCCCAGGGAUGAACUCUGCCUGGAAAAGCUCGAGGGAGAAAACGAUCUACUUGAUGUGGUCCUCGUCAAGAAUCAAUCGUCCGACACGCCAAUUCUGUUCAAGUUCAAAACUACUUCACCGGAAAAGUUCCGAGUGCGACCAAGUUCUGGAAUAGUUCAACCUGGAACCACUGAGAUCAUCAGAGUUUACCUACAAUACGGUGUGUAAUAAUUCGGGUAUGGUGAAUUCGAAAGAAAUAUUCAGAAUACCGUCACUCAUGGAACAAGGAAAAGUUCCUCCUUCUCACAAUGGAAUCGUCGUCGACCGACCUUGACAGCUUCGCUGAUCAUUUUAAAUCCGCAAUCAAAAAGGCCGAAUUCAAGUUCAAAUGCAAGCUUUCCGAAAACGUGAAACUAGAUGAGCCAGAAGAAAGAAGAUCCAGCUUUCUGCUGCAACAACAGCAACAGCAGCAUAAGUUCGGUUCUUUUUCGGUCAGCGACUUCAACAUUAACCUGCCGCUAAUUGUUUCCGUUCUGUUCUUGUUUCUCAUGUUUCAAUUCUUCUACAUACUUCAAGUCAGAUCCGAUAAUGCCGUACUUCGCGAAACACUUCUUUCGUUGUCGACUCAAAUGAAGGAGAGCAGUGCUCCGAUUCAGGAAACUCUUGCCGAAGCGGCAAAACAGGAAUUGUAA